UGCCCUGGGGGAGGAGGGCAGGACGGCGGGCCCCUCCCAUUCCGCCUUUUCUCUUGCGUCCAGCCACCCGUGAGUGUGCUCGGGGACUCCUGGCACCUACGGCAGUGCCCCGAAGGGCUGGCCUUGGCGAGGACCGUUCGGGACCCGCCGGCACCAUGCGCGCCCUCCCAGGCCUGCGGGGGCCCCGGGUGCCGCCUCCCCAGCCGCUGCUCCUCCUGUGCCUCCUGGCCGCCGUGCGCCCGAGCUCCGCGGACAGCCGUCCCCCAGCUUCAUCUAUUACAAGUCUACCUGUCCGAGAAGAAUGGCUGACAAGAUGCAGCAAUUUUUCCUUGGAGAGCCAUAACAUAUCACUGACUGAGCAUUCCAGUGCGGUGGUGGAAAAAAACAUCACUCUGCAAAGUCCGUCGAAUGUGGAACUCGCGUGCCAGUUCACGGCAUCCGGGGACCCGAACGCCGUGAACGUGUCUUGGACAAAGGAUGAGGAGCCCCUGAAGAGCGGUUAUUUCAUCAGAGCGGAGGACGGAGUCGUGCACACGCGCUACUUGUUCACCAUCAGUAAUAGCAAACAGUUGGGACGUUAUUCUUGUUUCUUUCAAGAGGAAAAGGAAAAAAGGGGCACAUUUAAUUUCAAAGUGCCUGAACUUCAUGGCAAAAACAAACCACUGAUCAAUUACGUGGGGGAUUCCACUAUCUUGAUAUGUAAAUGCCAAGGUUGUUGUCCUUUAAACUGGACCUGGCACAGUGGUAAUGGGAGUGUGCAGGUUCCUCUUGACGUUCAGAUGACCGACAAGUAUGUGAUCACUGGGACGAAUGUCAAUGAGACGAGGCUCAAGAUAAUGCACCUCUCUGAGGAUGACCAGGGGACCUACAGGUGCCACGCGGUGUUCCCACUGGGCGAGGUCGAAGACCACCUCGAGCUGGUCGUGCUGAGUUACCUGGUGCCCCUCAAACCGUUUCUUGCCAUAGCCGCGGAGGUGGUCGUCUUAGUGACUGUUAUCCUGCUGUGUGAAAUGUACACCCAAAAGAAGAAGAACCGCCCAGAUGACGGGAAGGAAUUUGAACAGAUUGAACAGCUGAAAUCAGAUGAUAGCAAUGGUAUAGAAAAUAAUGUCCCCAGGCACAGGAAAAAUGAAUCUGUGGCCAGCGAAUGAGAAGCGUCACGCCAACAGUCAUGGGAAGACGGACAGAGAAUUUGUAUUCCUGCUCUGUCUGUGCUUCCUGUUAAGAACAUCUGAGUUUUUAUCUUUUAAAAGAAUAAAGAGUUUAAGCAGCAUGUCCAGCAGCAGCUUCAUGAAUAACAGAUGCUAUCUCAGACCUAAAGCUGUUUUUGUUCUGUCAUUAUUUACAUAAAAGUGAGGUAAAUUGUAUUAAAUAUGUUGUAGGAGCUCUAACCCAGGAUAAUAAUCUCAUCCGGUCCUCAGGGGACACAGACCAGACACCAGCAAAACCAGGUAAUAGUUCAUAGAGCUACUGUCACUCAAGACCUGCUUACAACCAAAGAAUUCAUUAGAAAGGAAGCCUUUGCCAUUUGCCUUGAAAAGUGUUUUCCCUAAUCGUGCUUACUGUGUAAAAAACUGCAGUAAUAGUCGUGUAAAGUUCAUCCUCCUGUUACCUUGAAGGAAAGUGUGUCAUGACUCCGAAGUGAGUACUUUCUGCCUUUGCUGCUGACGGUCACUCUCCGCAGCCACAAGAAGAACGCUGUUUUCCUCCAAACGUCCUGGUUUAGGGCGAGGAAGUAGAACCAUGCACUUCCCCAGCCUCCGUCACCACCACGGCAUCUGCCCCAGUCCGUACUCUGCGCAUCUGCGCUGCUUCCCCACAGCAGCCAGAGUGAUUCUUAGCCUUUACCAAGAGCACUUCUUUAAAGCCACGGGUUUCGGAUUUCCUAAGUCCACCGAGUACUGAUGCGGUUGGGCACAGGGCCAUGUGGUCAUCACGCAGCCCUGCUACGAGAAUGCUUGCGAGAUUCAGGGUUCCCUGGCGUCUUGGGGCGCCUGGUCGCCUGGUGUCCAUGGCUGGCUCAGUACCUAAAAAUGCACUGUUCCUGCUUACCAUCCUAACUCUUCUGUCCAAAAUCCACAAGUGCUGGAGUGCUUCUGCGAUGCUGCAAACGCCUUAGACUUUUCUUCAGGGAUAGACUACGUAGUAGCUCUUGCAUAUGUCACUGAAAUACUAUAAAAUCACUCUAACCAAACCAUGGGAACACUGAACAGACAUGGACAUUUGUCAGUGGCUUUGACAAGACCAUUAGAGUCCAGAACCCUGCUGCGGAAUACCGGAUUGGGUGGAGGACGAUGACGGGCAGGCUGCUGGGCGUCUUGGUGGAGUGGGUCCCGCUGCUCACAGACUGGCCGGAAGCAGAGGGAAAUUUGGGGUGCUGGCAAGGAGCCCACAGUUCUUGGCGACUGGGGGAUUAGAAUGCCAAGAAGGGGACUUUAAUGAGUUAAAAAAACUUUAUAGAAAUGUAUGCUAUGUGUUGUCUGAGAAAAUUAUAAUAAAAUCCUGGUAGUGGCAUUUAUAAUUUA